UCUCACACAGCUGCUUCUGUUCCCAUCUCCUCCAUAUCGCUACAAAGGUCCCUGUCAGUGAGACUCCAGCAUGUUCUGCUUCCUGCUAAACUUAGCUGUAAUCACCAUGCUGACAGGCAAAGCCACGAGUGAAACCUUUGCUGGUUCUGCUGAGAUGAACAUCACCCUGUGCCCCAUAAGCUACUACGGAGAGAAAUAUGAGCAGAUAUAUGUUUCCUUCAGUGCAAACACAUUUGCAGUCUGCUUCAAAGGCUUGUACAAACCUGGCGUAAAAAAUGAUUGUAUUUUAGUGUCCAAAGGAGCCGCUGACAGAGGGAGUUUAGAAGUCCUAAAAAAAGAGAUACCAUUUGGUUCUCUGGUCCAUAAACUCCUACCAGACCUUUUGAAUAGUGGAAAAUGUGUCAGCAUAAUUCAACUAACAGACGGCGAGCAAUCUGAAAUUGAACAACUUGAACUCGGUAACUUUGGGACACAAGCAGUCUUAGCAGUCAAGACCCUUUCGGGAUACAAAGAUGAUCAUGUGGAGGUAGAUUUACAGGUCAAUGGACUCACAGUUUCAAAGAAGAAGCUGGAGGCAUCUGAGACCAAUAAUGGCGUUUUCCUGGACAUAAGUGGAUGCAGACUCUCAGGUCGUGUUUAUAAGACCAACACAAAGGUUUUGGAACCAAACAUCUGUUCCACUGUGACCUGUCAAGUGAACGGAGUUGCGAAUGCCAUAAGUGACUGUGGUCCUAUGGAGCGUUGCCAUAGCAACGGGAGCUGUGUCAUGAACAGCGUCUGCACUGUGAUUGGCCCAGCUGUGAUCGAUUUCAUUGGCAGAGUUCACUCUGUCCCAGACCGGUGUGCAUACACUCUGCUGGGGUCCUCAUCAGUUCCUGAGCUCCAGGUUCUAGGAGUUUUUCAGGAGAGACGCCGUAAAGAUGUAUUUUUUUUGGACCAGGUGUUACUACAACUGAAGAAAAAAGGCCUUCUGAUUUCCAUGGGACAGGGCAGCAGAGUUCACCUGAGUAACAAAGAGCUGAAGCUCAAUGCCAGCGGUCAGGUGAUCCAUGGUGUGGAGUUCUCCAGAAACCAAUCAGGAGUGACUGCAAAGAUCUCUGCGUGUGACGGCACGGUUUCUGUCUUCUUUGAUGGCAACACGGCUCUGAUCCACAUGACAGGUCCCAGUGUAGGAACAGUCCAUGGUUUGUGUGACGACUCAAAGGGGACGUUGUGUGAUGAUAAAGUCUCAGAACACAGUGCAACGGACUGUGAGAUACAAUAUGAAGACACUGUUGAUGGUACCAUCAACUGCAACAGGGCUACUGAAUGGUGUAAUUUCCUCACACAGGAGCCCUUCGCUGCCUGCCACUCACACAUGAGUCCGAAGCCUUUCAUAGCCGCCUGCACACAAACGCUGUGCAAAUACCCGGCAGUGGACGGCCUCAGGUGUCUGUUUCUGCAGGCCUACGCCCAGAUCUGCAGCUCUCACAGCAAGCUCACGAUGGAGGGAUGGAGGUCAAAGAGCAGAUGUUCAGCCACUUCCCAGGCCUCCUGCCAGAACAGGUUCUGCAGCGCUCACGAGUUCUGUGGUCCGGACGGCAGUAAGGAGACGCGCUGCUACUGCCGGGCUAUCUUUGCCUCCAGGCAUAAGCCUACCAACAGCUUUGGUGAGGUGAUCAAAUGUGGACCCAAAACUGUUUCGGUGGCUUUGGCCGACUGUCUGCUGGCGGAUGCAGGCAUCGACCACUCCGCCUUACAUCUCAACGACCAGUCCUGUAAAGGGGAAAUCCAUGAGCAGACCCACAUGGUGAUUUUUAACUUCAGCAGCAGCAACCCGUGCGGCUCAGUGAUCACGAGAAAUGACGACCAGAUUGUCUUCAAGAACACCAUCAAGACACACAACAGCUCCACGGUGGGCUCCAUCAUCCGCCAUGGGCAGAUAAACAUCGACCUCUCCUGUUAUUACACUGAGCCAGUGGUUAAGAGCUUGGCCAUCAAAGUCAGACAGAGCCCUGUGGUUCAGCAGAUUACUUCUGGAAAUUACGUUUACAAUCUGACCAUGACCCCGUCACCCCCCCCCGUCGGCAUGAAACCUGCUGAUGAAACCCUCAGGGUGGAGAUGAAGACAGAAGGGCUGGAUGGAGAACUAAUUGCUCUGGUGACUGACUCCUGCUGGGCAACGGAUCAGCCUUCCUCUAGUGGGAGUCAGAGACACGACGUCAUCAUCAGCGGCAGCUGCCCGGCCAACCAGGCGGUGAGAGUGGAAAGCAACGGGCAGGGGACGUCCAACCAGUUCUCUGUCAACACCCUCCGUUUUUCCAGCCAAACUGGUUAUGUCUAUCUGCACUGUAAAGUCAAGCUGUGUAUCAGGAAAGACGAGCCUUGUGUUCCGAAAUGCAGCAAAACUGAAAGAAGACGCAGAAGAGUCGUUCCAACGUUUAAAGAUGAAAACAAUGCAUUAAUCACCUUAGUCUGGUCUCACUAGAAGCUGAAACCACAAACUACCAGCAUAUUUUCCUACUCCAGUCAUGAACUAAGAAGUCCUCCCUCAAACCUGCAGCUCCCCACUCCCGGGGACAGGACGAGUAUUUCAGUGAUGCCUGCACACAUACUUUUGUUAAGAAUAUUUUAGUUUAGUUUGUUAUCUUUUUGUCUGUGGUUAAAAUGCAUUUAUUGUUUGGAUAUCCAAUGUUAUGACACCGUUACUUUUGAAGGCCAGUGAUUGUCAAAGCCUCAUUGGCUAUAGCUCAUGAGAUGGUCAGCAUUUCUGUAAUCUUAUGACCGGCUUUAUGUAGUUGAACUGUUUAUCUGUGUGCACACAAAGGAAUAAGCAUCUUUGAUAUUAGAAAGUGAUUGACUUAAGGUUCUGGUGACAGGAGCCGAGGAGUCUGUUCACAUUAGUACUCAAUAUUAUGAAGAUAGCAAAAAGGCUUUAAUAUCUAUCGAAGAAAAUCUGUAUCUGCGAGUUUAGAAAAGCUAUUGAAAUGCCAAAAUGGAAAAGUGAAAGUAUGUAUAUGCUUUUGUAGUGUCUGAAUAAAA